UAAACAUUACAGUAACCCAGAAGCUGAAGGGACUUGACAGGAACACCAUCAUCAUAUUCUGGACCCAAAGCAGUGGGAGAAGUGUAGCAAGACUCGUGGUUUGUGUAACGCCAUUCAAGAAAGCAGAAUAAUGUGGUGCCAGCCUUUCUUGUUCUUAUUAACCAUGUGUAGCUUGGGAGUGGCUACAUUCGACAACCCUGUCCGGCUGACAAGAACGGUUUCUUUGAACCCUUUUUCGACUACACACACUCAGAAUGACGACCUGACAGAGGUUACAGCGGUACACGUUCCUCCACAGGACUUUGGAUAUUAUCAUUUCAGUCCAUGGAGUAAAAACAGGUACAUGCUGGUUCUCGAAAGUCAUGACAGCGAUCCGGAAUGGGACCAAAAACCUCAAGAUAUCACUAUGACCAAAAGACAGUUUGGAGCCUGGGGUGGUAAAAGAAGCGAUUACAUAGAAGCAAAAGAUGAGAUUGAUUCUGAAAACCUCGAGAAAAGACAAUUUAAACCAUGGGGAGGAAAACGAAACUCAGCAUUCUCCCAAGAUUUAAUCCCUAGCUUGAAACGCCAAUUUGAUCCCUGGGGUGGAAAAAGAGGAUUUAACGCUUGGGGUGGAAAAAGAGGAUUUAACGCUUGGGGUGGAAAAAGGGGGUUUAACGCGUGGGGUGGAAAAAGAGGAUUUAACGCUUGGGGUGGAAAAAGGGGAUUUAACGCAUGGGGUGGGAAGAGGGGAUUUAACGCUUGGGGUGGGAAGAGGGGAUUUAACGCUUGGGGUGGAAAGAGGAAUUUCAAUGCAUGGGGCGGAAAGAGGAAUUUCAAUGCAUGGGGCGGAAAGAGGAGUUUCAAUGCUUGGGGUGGAAAGUAAUAAUUAUUUAGUGAUUAUUAAUGUAACUGACUAAAAAAUUACAAUCCUUCUUAGAUUUGAUUGUCAAAACAAAAUAUAUGAUUUAGUCUAUUCCAUUAAAAGUAAAACUGUACAUAAAAUACAAUUAUGAAAUAA